AUGGAAGAACCAACUUGUACUAAUACUCAGGCAGAAGCUAUGGCUAUAGUACAAGCUCUGAGAUAUAUGAAGGAAAGGCAGUAUCAACAGAUUAUAAUUGAAACAGACUCUCUUUUAUUAAAGAAUAUCAUACUCAAAGUUUGGGAAACUCCCUGGCAGAUAAUUGAAAUGGUGGAGGAAAUCUGGAGAUUAAUGAAUAAUAAAACAGUUAGGGUGAUACAUAUAAUGAGAGAGGGCAAUAUGCUAGCAGAUCACCUGGCUAAUUUGGCACUAGAUCAUGGAGAAGUGGAUUCAGAAUCUUUCCAGGAGUUGGGAAUGCAAGGGAGGAGAUGGAUUAACAAUGAUAAGUUACAAUUACCAUACUUAAGGAUCAGACCAUGCAAGAGAUGA